AUGAUUUGCAGAAGCUGCCGAACGGGCAUGCUGUCCCGGCUCCAACAGCACCAAGCUGUUUCAUGGACCGUAUCAACAAGCAACCGUCAGUUCCCAAUUGCUCGCAGCCAAUUCCGACCCUACAGCGACGGUGGCGCCACCCCUUCUGUGGCCGCUACUCCUCCCCCUUCAACUCCGCGCCAGCCUACCGUCGGCGAUGUCACCAUUCCGUCCGCCAUCUCAUCCGCCACCCCCGGCGUCUCCCAGCCUCUCAGCACCCCAGAAGGUACGAAGAUGAAUGGCUUGAACUACUUUCGCAACAAGCCCGAGGUUCUCGCCAAGGAGGACUCCGAGUACCCCGAGUGGUUGUGGGACUUGCUAGGCGAUUCAAGCAAGCAGUCGAAAACCGAUAAGGGUGGUGUUGACCCCAGCAUCGCAGCCCUCAACAAGAAACAACGAAAGCGCUAUGAGAAGAAGCUUGCUGCUCGUACUCAGGCCCUCCCUCCCAAGAUUCCUGCCCACCACCACGCCUUCGAUAUCACACCUGCUUCAUACAACCGCGACGCACCCGCUGACGGCAUCACCGAUGCCACCGAGAGUCUUGACAAGCGCCAGGAGGUUACCAAGAGUGCCAGAGAUGCUCGCCGCAAGUCGAUCAAGGAGUCUAACUUCUUGCGCGGUCUCUAA